UCCACUGCUUUCUUUGGGGGCUGAAGACUACUUGUCCCAAGAUGCAGUGCCACACGCCUAAGGUUCCCGUAGUAACUAACCCCGAGCAGCGGAGUUGGGGUUUUUGGAGAAAGAGAUUAAGGCCUAUCAAAAGUUUUGGCUUUGUUGCAAAAGCAAGACAAGAGUUAACUUUUCUCUGUUGAAUAAGUGUUGCAGAUUAUGCCAUGUCGGUUCAAGGAAUAAAUAAACAUACAAUUAUCCCUCCUAUCAUUAGUAGAUGUGAUAAGGAAUUUUUGGAAAGUAUGCAAAGAUACAUAAUUACAGAAACCAAAAGAGUGGGCUGUAAUGAGGAAGGACCUGCUGAUGAAUAUUACAUCAUAUACCGAAACGUUUUUGAUAAGGUAAUAGAAUAUGUUACUGCAUACAAAUCCAUUCUUACUUCAAUCAAAAAAGAAUAUGAUACCAUCAUUGAUACAAUAAAAAGAGACCAAAGAAUUGCAUUUUCUCUUCAUGGAAGACUUAAAGUUUUGGCAGCAGAGCCCACAACAUUGGUGUAUCACAGGAAAAGAAUAACCCAACUUAAAGCAAAAAUGAAGGUUAUUGAAAAUAAUUCCUCAAGCAUUCAAUUGCAAAUAGACAAAAUAAAACAACUCAGGGCAGCGUAUGAUGUGAAAGAAGUAAAACAUUUUCCUUUCUCCAAAGACCCUUCAAAACCUAUUCCAGGCAUGAUUCUCGAAGAAUCCUUCAAUUUAGAUGCUCUCAAUAAAUACAUGAAACAUCUGGAAGAUAAAUAUGAAGAAAUUAAACAACUAAUGUCAAAGAAAUAUGUCCCACUUCAGAGGAAGGCAGAUUUAGAGGAGGAAAUGAUUGUGAUAGUAAAACGGCACGAGGUAGCUAACAGUCUGAACAAAGAAUUAGAGUUUAGUCAUAGAAGACUGCAGAUUGUUUCAUAUGCACUUACUUCAUGGUCAAAAUCUGAUGAGAGCAGCUCAUUUGAAGACUUGGUGAAGCAAAUUGAGGAAAUCCACGGUUUACACGGUAGCCAAAGCUUUAUCGAAGAGCUAAUGGAAGAUGAUCCAGGCAAGGCAAAAGAAGCUGAAGUUUUGCUUUCCUACAUUGAAAGGUUCAAUCAAUUAAUCUCACUUGGUGAAUAUGAGAAGGCCGCUUGUUUUGCAGCAAAAAGUCCUAGAGGAAUUCUUCUAAACAUGGGGACAGUGAAUAAAUUUAAAGCUGCUGGAAAAAUUAAAGGAAAGCCUUUUCCAUUACUCUCAUUUUUUGAGGCUAUCUUUACCACAAGUCAUGCUAAUAGACAUCCUAUUGAUGCAGAACUAACCCUGGAAGGAAUCAAAUGUGGACUUUCGGAAAAACGUUUAGAUUUAGUUAUCCACUGGGUCACUCAAGAAAAGCUCACAUUUUCCGAGGAGGCUGGGGAUAUGAUUUGUGAUUAUGGAGAUCAGGAUAAUUAUAACAAGGCCAAGUGUCUGGCUUUAGCUAUGAUCAUCUACAGUGAAUGUAAGCUGUUCAACAAAAUUAUUCUCUGCCUGUGUAAACAGGAUCAGCUUCCUGCGGCUAUGGAAUACAUACAACAACUCAAGGACUAUACUUAUGAUGACCUGAUGCAGCUAAUAAAGUUAUGUCCCCACUAUGGAUUAAUUCAGUGUCUCACUAAAGAAUGGAAAGGAAAACCACCACUUUUAUCUUUUGGUCUCACUAUACUUUAUCUGUUCUCUGUUGAUAUGAAAAAAGUUGGCAUUAAACUACUUCAUGAACUAAAUAGAAGUGGGAAAGAUGCAAUAGAAAAUCUUAUCAUAAAUGAUCCAUUUUGCUCUCUAGAAAAUUGGCAAGAAAUGGCAAGUAUAUGCUCACAGAAUGGCUUUGACAGAUUAUGUGAUGAAAUCAUUUCCACUCUUCGAUCUCAGGCUGGAGUUACAGAAAUUUCUGAAGAGGAUGAUACAGUCAAUUUAAUGGAACAUGUUUUUUGGUAGUUCUGUAGUUUAACCAGCUGAGGGAGCUUCUCCAACAUUUUGUGUAUGUUGGUUGGGCAAACUGAUUUUGAAAUAACUAACAUAAAUAAAUCUGGAAUAUGAAGAUCUCAGAAAU